AUGGACCAAUUCUCACUUUUCCCGUUCCUGCUGCUCGUGAUAGCCUUGGUUUCCCCAAAUCACGCUGAGGACCGCGAGGAAUGGAUGAAGUGUUUUGAGGAUCCCGACUAUGAGGAGCUGUUAAAUGUUGCCAGAAAUGGGCUGGGAAAGGCUUCAAAUCCAAAGACCAUUGUGAUUGUUGGGGCAGGAAUAAGCGGGCUCACUGCUGCCAAAUUACUGAAAGAUGCGGGACAUCAGGUUCAGAUUCUGGAAGCCAGUGACCGCAUUGGGGGUCGGAUAAAGACCUAUCGUGAGAAAGACUGGUACAUGGAUGUGGGACCGAUGCGUCUGCCCAAGGCACAGAAAAUUGUUCGUGAAUAUCUUAAGAAAUUCAACCUCACGUUAAACCCGUUUGUUCAGACGGAUAAGAAUGCCUGGUAUUUCAUUAGAAAUAGAAAGGAAAAAGUGGCUGCGGUGGAGGAAAACGCCAAGCUGUUUGGAUAUGAAGUGGCUCCCAAUGAGAGGGGGAAAUCUGCCUCUAAACUCUUCCACGAGUCACUGGAUCGGGUAACAAAAAACUGCACGAUUUUGAAGGAAAAAUACGACUCAUAUUCCGUCAAGGAAUAUUUAAUCAAAGAAGGAAAUCUGAGCAAGGGAGCAGUAGAUAUGAUUGGUGACCUCUUGAACGAAGAAGGUGGAUUCUACACUUCAUUUAUUGAUUCUGCUAUGGACUAUGUGACCUUCUAUGACGAUGACAGUUUUGAGGAAAUCACAGGAGGAUUUGACCAGCUCCCCAACGGCUUCUCCAGGGAAAUGCCCGGGACAAUCCGUCUAAGCUGCAGCGUCGAGAAAAUACUUAGCACUGGCAAGAAAGUGAGGGUGUUUUACCGCAAGCGGGGCAAAGGAACCUUGUCGAGUCUGACCGCCGACUACGUCAUCGUCACGGCGACGGCGAAAGCUGCUCGGCUCAUCAAAUACCAGCCUCUUCUUUCCCACCCCAAGGCUCGCGCUCUGCGUUCUUUUCAUUACGCAAGCUCUACCAAAAUCGCCUUGGCCUGCACAGACAGGUUUUGGGAGAAAGACGGGAUCCGAGGUGGGAAGUCGAUCACGGACCGCCCAUCCCGAAUGAUCUAUUACCCGAACCAUGUCUUCCCUAGUGGCCUCGGGGUACUCCUGGCCUCUUACACGUUUAAUGAUGACGCUGACUUCUUCGUUCCCCUCAGUGAGGAAAAGUGCGUUGACGUGGUGAUGGAUGACCUGUCGGAAAUCCACAACGUCUCCAAGUCUUACCUCAGAUCCGUCUGCAACAAGCACGUUGUACAGAAGUGGGCCCUAGACAAGUUUUCCAUGGGGGCCUUCGCUCAACCCACUCCAUACCAGUUCACCCAGCUUUUCGAGGCUUUGAAACAGAAUGAAGGGAGAGUGUACUUCGCCGGAGAGUACACAGCCCACCCGCACGCUUGGAUCGACUCAGCCAUGAAGACUGCUAUAAGGGCAGCAAGUGGGAUUCAUCUCAGUGCCUGAUCUGUGUUGCAGGACCUGCAAAACAGACCUUGGUGAUCUUUAUCCUUCAUGAAAAGGAAAGCUCAGUUACUUGAUCCUAGCUGAUGAUUCUUUGCGUACUGCCAGUUUUGUUUAGCAGCCACUGUAACUUUGCAACAGUUUGAAUUCAUCUGCAAAGGCGCGUUCCGCCAUUGUCUCCCAAGGCAGACGGAUGCCAACCGGCUAAUGUUUUCUAUUAUUCUUUUUUGGAGAGUGUUUUGAUUUUGUCUUCCCAAUAUGUUGUAUGGCAUAUUGAUGUGUUAUCUGAUUCCCUCCCCCUUUCUAU